GGGCUGUAGCUGAUCUGAGCCCUGCACGCAAACGCCGAGGCAGGUUCUCUGACGACCAACUUUUGGUGGCUUCCCUACAAUCGACAGCUGCCUGUGCACAAAAUUGAACAUGCUGGACUAGCUAAAAAAUAUCACCUCCGAUUCCUGUCAACGAUCUCCUCUGAGUCCCAUCCAUCCCAAAUCCCCUCGCACAAUCCGCAGAAUCAAGCCGAGCUGCCAGUGCAGGCGGCCGAAUUGCAACUAUUUUCACAACCACGCACUUCAUUCCUUUCAAGAGUUGUUCUGCGUUACGCCCAGGGCAAUAAGCCUGUACCAUCUGAAGUGCUGGUAUCCAACGGGAAUCCGCUCCUCCUCCAAGUAACGGCAACAACUGUUUAAUUAUCAAAAAGGUGCCCCAAAACGCUCUGUACCUUUUCUCUGCAAAAUCCGUCCACUGGCUGUGCGAUACUUACAGCUUAUUUCUCGCGUUUUAGUAAAAAAUGCGGCUCCUAUCACGAUCGAGGAACGGUAAAUGGCUUAUUCAAGAAUUUUUGGAGGCAGUUCCUUUCUACGCAAUAUUGUCCCAUACUUGGGAUUCUAAAGAUGCGGAGGUCACAUUCGAGGAUAUUAAGGACGGAACACGGGAUUUCGAUGAUAAAAGCAAGUCUGGGUUCGACAAGCUACGCUUCUGCUGCGAAAAAGCCGAACUCGAUGGGCUGUGCUAUUUCUGGAUAGAUACAUGCUGCAUUAAGAAGUCGGACGGGCCAGAGUUGGAUCGAUCUCUGAACUCUAUGUUCUACUGGUAUCAGAGGGCUGUCAGAUGUUAUGUGCUUUUAUCCGACGUUUCGGCCAGAGCACCUGGUGGAGGAGAAGCUUUCGAUGCAGUCGAAGCCUUUAAGCGGAGCAGAUGGUUUGAGCGUGGCUGGACACUACAGGAAUUAAUUGCGCCUAGCUCAGUAGUGUUCUAUUCAAAAGAGGGAAAUCGACUUGGUGACAAGGAAGAAUUAGUGGAAGCGGUGGCCACUGUGACUAAGAUCCCUAUUAUGGCUCUGCAAGGCGUCAAACUUUCGCGCUUCAGUAAAAAAGAACGCUUUUCAUGGGCAGAAAAUCGGAAAACAAGCGUACCUCAAGAUGCUGCCUAUUGCCUGGUUGGUAUCUUCAACGUACGUAUGUAUCCCUCAUACGCUGAUGGCGUUAAGAGCGAUUUGAAAAAAGAGGCUUUAUAUAGGCUUGAUAGAGAGAUUGAGGAUGCAUCUAAGAAUGCCAAGCAAGUCGAUGAUGUCAUACGAAUAGGAGGUGCAUCAUGGUGCGACUUAAGUAAAUUGGACAAAACGAAGUUGGGAGAGCUCGACGGUGCACUCGAAGGUUAUGUGAGAUGGCUACUCGAUAUCUUCCCGAGUGAGCACAAUGCUGCCGAGAACUUGACAAAGCUAUCGCAAACAGCCGGAAAGAACAUGAAGGACUUGCUAGCAGAUUUCGGAGUUCACUACGAGGAUCUAUCCAGCAUGGAGACUACAGUGAAAACGUGGAAAGAGCCAUGGGCCCGGUACAGUGACAGAAGCAAGCCUGAUCAGAUCAGAGUUCAGGCAAUUGUGGAAAACCGCUGGUAUUGGACCAACAAAAAUGAGGAUGUCUUUAAAAUGAUCACGGCCGCCAGGACUUUGAUGGAAUUAAUGACCUGGAGAGGAAUUUGGACAGCCCAGAGAUAUGAUGAUAUCAGAAGGUGGCUAUAGACUAUAGUCCGCGGCGAUUUUCGUUGUAACUUACAUUUUAUGACUUGUUAUAAUCGUACUAAAGGACAAGACGAGUGUAAGGUCGCGUUCUUUACAUGACUUAAGCUCUAUACGAAGGAGUGUCUCUGGUGAUAUAGAUUUUCGAAUUGCUUUAAUAGGUGAUAUAUUUUGGUCAUUUCUUGAUUAUGUUUUCAUAAUAACAGAAACUAAAUACGCUGUUCGCUCAGGCAAAAAUCUAUAUUCUCGGAAUGAUCGAAUGUCGUCAUCCUCGUCAUCCGAGAGGUGCAAUUUACCGAUGCCCUUUGUAUCUAAGCACUCUUCCAUUGUGAUGUUGGUCUCCUUUUCGAUUUUCGCUCGAAGAGGCUCAAUGAACUCUGGGUUUCCGGCGAGAUUUUAGAGAGCUUGUACUACAGCAUAGUUGGUGUUGUGGAUGGCCAAAAAACAUAAUGUGAAAUAAUCUCUGAUUAAGAGCGAGUAAUCAAGCUAGCGCACAUGGCUUUUUGUGACUAAGUAGCGUCGUAAAAGCUAACCGAUGAGC